AUGGCUACCAACAUCACAUGGCACCCCUCCCUCUCGCGGCGGGAGCGCAAUGAGUCCCGCAAGCAGCGCGGCAUGACCAUCUGGUUCACCGGCCUCAGCGCGUCCGGCAAGUCAACCGUCGCCACGGCCCUGGAGCAGCACCUGCUGCACCUUGGUCUCGCCUCCUACCGUCUGGACGGCGACAACGUCAGGUUUGGCCUGAACAAGGACCUGGGCUUCAGCGAGAAGGACAGGAACGAGAACAUCCGCAGAAUCGCCGAGGUUGCGAAGCUCUUCGCCGAUUCCUCCACCAUUGCCCUGACCUCCUUCAUCUCGCCAUACCAGGCGGACCGUCAAGUCGCCAGGGAGCUGCACGCCGCGGCUGGCCCAGGUGGUGCCGAUGACGAGACCAUUCCCUUCAUCGAGGUGUACGUCGAUGUUCCCGUUGAGGUCGCCGAGCAACGCGACCCCAAGGGUCUCUACAAGAAGGCGCGUGCUGGAGAGAUCAAGGAGUUCACGGGUAUCAGUGCCCCGUACGAGGCCCCCGAGAACCCAGAAAUCGUCAUCAAGACACACGAGAAGAGCGUCGAGGAGUGUGUACAACAGAUUGUCGAGUGGCUGAGCCAGAAGGGUUACAUUAACGUCUAG